UGACCUUUUUUACUUCAUUUGCUUCGCCUCGAAGAAUGGUCAGUAACGGGGAGACGUCCUCGGUGGCGUCGUCGCCGUCUUCCUCCGUCCUAGCCACAGUCACCGAUGGCCGUCCACCGCUCCCGGUGAUGGCUUUACGGGACAAGAUCGUCGCCAAGAUUCUGGGGAAUCGGGUGACUCUUAUCAUCGGUGACACCGGCUGCGGAAAGAGCUCCCAAGUUCCACAGUUCCUCCUUGAAGAGAAUAUCGAACCCAUAUUAUGUACACAACCUAGAAGAUUUGCAGUUGUGGCAAUAGCUAGAAUGAUAGCUCAAGCUCGUAACUGUGAAGUUGGAAGUGAGGUUGGAUAUCACAUAGGUCAUUCAAAUGUCUCCGACAUCAGUUCGACUAGAUCAAAAAUUGUUUUCAAGACUGCUGGUGUUGUAUUGGAACAAAUGCGUGAUAAGGGAUUGACUGCCCUAAAAUAUAAAGUUAUAAUUCUUGAUGAAGUGCAUGAACGGUCGGUGGAAUCAGAUCUUCUUCUCGCCUGUGUGAAGCAACUUAUGAUGAAAAACAAUGAUAUGAGGGUUGUUUUGAUGUCUGCCACAGCUGAUAUUACAAGAUACAAGGAUUACUUCAAAGACCUUGGUAGGGAUGAAAGAGUGGAAGUGCUCGCAAUUCCUAAUGCCCCACAGCAUAGCAUCUUUCAGAGAAAGGUUCUAUAUCUUGAUCAGGUUGCGGUACUUCUGGGAAUGGAUUCAGAUUCAUUGUCAUCAUCUUGCAAUCCAGGGCAGAUCCCUUCUUCCAAUGCAAACAUGAAACCUGAAGUACAUGCGCUUAUUCACAAGUUGGUAUUGCAUAUCCAUGAAAGUGAACCAGACAUUGAAAGGAGCAUAUUGGUUUUUCUUCCAACAUACUAUUCCCUGGAGCAGCAAUGGAUACUUUUAAGGCCUCUUAGUUUGUUAUUCAAAGUACAUAUUCUUCACCGAAGUGUUGAUACUAAUCAAGCACUAUUGGCAAUGAGAGUUUGCAAGUCUCACCGCAAGGUGAUACUUGCAACAAAUAUUGCAGAAUCAUCGGUCACAAUUCCUGGAGUAGCCUACAUAAUUGAUUCAUGUCGAUCUUUGCAAGUGUUUUGGGAUCCUAUCAGAAAAGUAGACUCUUGUGAGCUUGUUUGGGUUUCCAAAUCACAGGCUGAUCAACGUAAAGGUCGGACUGGUCGAACCUGUGACGGUAAAAUUUACCGAUUAGUCACACAAUCAUUCUACAGUAGUCUUAAAGACCAUGAAUAUCCAGCAAUAUUGAGAUUAUCAUUAAGGCAGCAGGUGCUCAUGAUUUGCUGCUCAGAUACUAAAGGAAUUAAUGAUCCCAAAGCCUUGUUGCAGAAGGUUCUGGAUCCUCCAGAUGUGGAUAUCAUUGAAGAUGCGUUGAAUCUGCUAGUCAAAAUUAAUGCAUUGGACAAGCCUCUUUCUAGCAGAGGCCGCCAUGAGCCAACAUUCUAUGGUUGCUUGCUCGAUAGUCUGCCUCUCUCAUUUGAUGCUUCAGUUCUAGCUUUAAAGUUUGGUGAGAUUGGUAUGCUUCAAGAAGGAAUACUCAUUGGUAUACUAAUGGAUGUUCAACCAUCACCAAUUUUUCAACCUUUUGGCAGUCAAAAUUUGUAUGUAGACAAUUAUUUUGAGGAUGACACAAGCAACGAAUUGCCGAUGGGCAAGAAAGAAACAAUAUUUAUGGCAAACUUGUGUGCCUUUCAGUUUUGGGAACAUGUUUUUAAGGAUAAACACCGUCUUGAACGACUAAAGCAAGAAAUCAACAUUGAUGAGCCAAGGACAUCAGAAGUCCUGAUCUCUGAUCUUGAAGAGGAAUGGUGCUCAUUUCACAAUCUUGUGCGGACCUCUCUGCACAAUGUCUCCGAAAUCUAUGAAGAUAUUAUCAACAUAAUGCAUCGUUUUAGGCCCAAGUUUUUGGCAAAAAGUGGGGUUCAUGGUUGCUUUGAGCCUUAUGCAUUUAAGCACAAAUGCAUUUUGCAAUCAGAAUCAGCAAGAGAUACAGAUGCCCUAGAACUAGGAUAUGAGAUCCCUGAUGCUACAACUGGGACAACCUGCAUUGCUGUACCAUAUGUUUCUCGAGAUGAUUUCCGAGCUACUUCAGUGUCUGAGAAACUGAUGAAUCUCAUUAAAGAAAUACGUAUGAAGUACACGGAAGACAACUCAUAUAAUCAGCAUAACAAUGUAUAUAAUGUAGUUUCUCAAGUCACUGAAUCUGCUCUAUGUAAAUUCUUCAUUAUUGGGACAUGUAACAAGGGGACACAAUGUUGCUUUUCUCAUUCACCUCAGGCCAGAAGACCUCCUUGCAGGUUUUUCCAUACAUUUCAGGGCUGCCGUAAUGGAGAUUCAUGUUUCUUUUUACAUGAUUACACCCCAUGCUUUGCAAUGACUGCUGCAUCUAGUCUGUGCUUACAAGAAGAUGCAAGUACUCUGGCCUAUUCUCUUUUAGAGUUGUUGCCCUUCAGGACCAAUGAUUAUGUUCUUAUAUUGAAUGAUAAGGAUCUCUUUUUUUCAUGUAACCUGUCACAAUGGUAUGAUCCUCACAAGAUAGUUGCUACUACACAUCAUCCAUACUCUGAGUCUGAGUUGUCUUCACAUGGGAUCAAGAUACUAUGGAAUAUAGCUCAACCCUGGCAAUCCAUAUUGAAAACAGAAGAAUUUCCCAUUUCUUGGGGACGAGUGAAAUGUGUAUUAUGGUUUGCUGAUAUUAAGGAUGAUGCAACGGCAGAGCACAAUCUUUUACAGAAUUUCUUCCACUAUCUUGCUGUCAGAAUGUUGGCUGAUGCCUUAUAUGAUAUGCAUGUAAUUAUAACCAUCAAUAACAUGAAAUUUGCACAGCUACAGGUGGAAAGAUUGGCGAGGGAGUGUUUUUUCUUUCUUACCCAGUCAUUUCCAUUUGAUGAAACAAGUUUUGGGAAGUUCUCAGGUUCCAGGGGAACAACAAGGCCCAAUCAGGUCUCUGUGCCAAUCUCUUAUGUUUUUCGUAUGUAUCCACCAGUUGGCAUACAAUUUGCGGACUAUAAUUAAGGCUGUAAAAGGAUUCUGGUAUACAAUUUGCCUAUGCAACAGUGCUCCAGAAUCCUAGACUCUUCAUAGUAUAGGUGUUAUGGAAGUGAUUGUUUGCGGUUUCUUGACUGUUCAUAGUUUUAGACCAAGAUUUUUGACAAUGUGAAGUUAAGGAAGUGAAAUUCACCUUUCUUUUGUUUC